GCCUAUGCUUAAGGAUCACGAGAACUGCGCAUCUAGCAUCUCAACUGUAACUACCCGCACUUUAAUUAAAGCUCAACCUAUGCCUUUCAGCCUAUAUAAUAUGGCCUUCCUGUCUUGAAAAUACACAACGAUUUCUACUUCUGCAAUUGGGUGCAACUGAAGGAGCGCUCAAAUCUAUGGCAAUGGCGCAGCUAAGGCUAGUAUUGCUUCUGGUGGUUAUGUUAGCCAUCUGGACCUCGCAAGAGCAGUUAAUGGCAAGAGGCGAAGAUCACGUAACUGGCUAUGAGGUUCAGAAGACAAAAUAUGGAUCCGGCAGCCUGCGCCAAGCCCAAUGCCCGGGAGCGUGCAAUAACAGAUGCUCGCAGACUCAGUAUCGUAAGCCGUGCAUGUUCUUCUGUCAAAAGUGUUGUAGAAAAUGUCUCUGUGUUCCUCCUGGUUACUACGGAAACAAGCAGGUUUGCCCCUGCUAUAACAACUGGAAGACCAAGCGCGGUGGCCCUAAAUGCCCUUGAUUUAACAAUGCUUUCUCUCAUGCCAGUUGUGUUUCAUCUCUCUUCUAAUUAAUUAAGUUGAUCGCUCAGUGUGGCUCUCUGCACUCGAAGCGCGACAGGGAUAAAUACUUUCUUUUCUCAAUUUCCAUCAUUAUGUUCUGUUUUGCCUCUACUGAGUAUCUGUUACAGUCUCUAUUGUCAUUUCGUGGGCUGUUUUUUCGAAAGCAGAGACAGAUCUGGUAGCAUUCUGUAAACCAAAAAGAUGUUUUUGUAUUUUUUCACCAGAUCUGCAUUAAUCGAGCAUUUGGCUGUGUUUUUGCA